GACGGGCGCUGCUCCCUUUGCCGCCUUGUGCUGCGCGCUGCGGCGUCUCCGCUGCUGAGUGUUGGCUUCUCCCGUCAAGAUUCCGCACUAAACUCGGCCCGAUCGCGCCUGUCUCGGAAGCCAAAAGUUGGAAGCGGCGAGUUUGCGGGCGGGUGAGCCGGCCCAGCUGUUGCAAGCGGCGCUGUUAUAAUCAUAUUGAUCGCAGUGGCCCUUCCACGACCAGCGUAGUUUAGGGCCGGGGGUGUGGGGUGGGCGAGGUAUCAGGGUUGUUUCCCAGAACAAGGAGGAAAGAGAGCAUCCCCGAAUAAGGCGCUGCUCCUAGAUUCCCCUAGAUCUCGCACUGUGCACGUGCAGUCAUUACCCCGGAUGACUUCAUGCUAGCUGCGUUCUGCUGCCAAGCAGGUGGAAAUGAGUUCUCAGCAGUUUUCCCGUUCAGGACCCCCUCCUGCAAAUCUAGGACCAGCUCCUCCUCCGAUCUCUACCAGUGGAUCUACUGGAUUGAUUAACCCAACAACUACAGUGAGUGAUGAACCCAGUCGAGAAAUGGAAGUUGCUACCAGAGAUCAUGUGGUCCCUGGUGGCUCUCUGCAGUCCCGUGAAGAGAAGCAGGAAACAGUGGUAGUCCGGCCAUAUCCGCAGGUGCAAAUGUUGACUCAGCACCAUACGGUACAAUCUGGUGUGCCAGUUACAGUAGCAGCUCCUCCAGCACAUUUAGCUCCAGCAGUGCCACUUUCUUUUUCUGAAGGUCUUAUGAAGCCUCCCCUGAAGCCUACCAUCCCUAGCCGCCCUAUUGCACCAGCUCCCCCCUCUCCUCUCUCCUGCCCCACCAAAGUCCCAGGGCAAGUUACUGUAACAAUGGAGAGCAGCAUCCCACAGGCCUCUGCUAUUCCCGUAGCAACAAUCAGUGGACAACAGGGACAUCCCAGCAAUGUGCACCAUAUCAUGACAACCAAUGUUCAGAUGUCAAUAAUCCGAAGUAGUGCUCCUGGACCACCAUUACACAUUGGAGCGUCUCACUUACCUCGAGGUGCCGCAGCUGCUGCUGUGAUGUCCAGUUCUAAAGUGACAACUGUCCUGAGGCCAGCUUCACAGUUGCCAAACGCAGCGACAGCUCAACCAGCAGUUCAGCACAUCAUUCAUCAACCUAUCCAGUCCCGGCCUCCUGUGACAACUUCAAGUACCAUCCCUCCUGCUGUUGUAGCAACAGUGUCGGCCACGAGGGCCCAAUCACCUGUUAUUACAACAACGACAACACAUGCCACAGAAGCUACCCUCAGCCGGCCAACACUGUCAAUUCAGCAGCACCCACCUUCUGCACCUAUCAGUAUUCAGCGCCCUGCACAGCCACGGGAUACAGCAACCAGAAUUACCCUGCCGUCCCAUCCAGCCAUAGGAACACAGAAACAGCAGCUUCACACCAUGGCUCAGACAACUUUUCCCCCCCUGCAGAAAACAAUAUUUAGUACUGGUGCUCCAGUGGCAGCAGCAACCGUGGCCCCUAUUUUAGCAACCAAUACCAUUCCUUCGGCAACUACAGCUGGUUCUGUAUCCCACACUCAAGCACCUACAAGUACAAUUGUCACAGUGACUAUGCCCUCACACUCCUCCCAUGCAACGGCUGUGACCACCUCAAACAUCCCCGUCGCUAAAGUAGUCCCACAGCAAAUUACGCACACUUCCCCUCGCAUCCAGUCUGAUUACACUGCAGAGAGGAGUAAUCUCAUUCCUAUAUCUGGGCACCGGGCAUCUCCAAACCCAGUUGCCAUGGAAGCUAGAAAUGAUAACAGACAGUCAGUACCUGUUCAAUUCCAGUACUUCUUACCAACAUAUCCACCUCCUUACCCUUUGGCUGCCCACACUUACACACCAAUUACCAGCUCUGUAUCCACUAUACGCCAAUAUCCUGUUUCAGCUCAGGCGCCAAAUUCUGCCAUAGCAGCUCAGACUGGAGUAGGAGUGGCCUCCACAGUUCAUCUUAAUCCCAUGCAGCUGAUGACAGUGGAUGCAUCUCAUGCCCGUCAUAUUCAGGGCAUCCAGUCUGCACCAAUUGGUGCACAGGGUAUACAACCAGCACCCAUCAGUGCACAAGGAAUACAGUCUGCGCCAAUUGGAACCCAAGGGCUACAUCCAGCUGCCCCAAUUGGCACACAGGGUCUUCAGACUGCACCAAUGGGUGCUCAACAGCCACAAACUGAAACCAAGACAUCAGUGGUCUUGGCAGAUGGAGCCACUAUUAUGGCCAAUCCAAUCAGCAAUACAUUCAACACUGCUCCAGCUUCAACUACAGUGGUACAAACCCAUAGUCAGAAUGCCAGUUCUAGUACACCAGCCCAGGGUUCAUCCCCUCGCCCAAGCAUUCUCCGGAAGAAACCCACUACAGAUGGGUUGGCGGUUAGGAAAAGCCUCAUCCCUCCGCAGCCAUCUGAGGUAUCUGGCACUCGAGUGGAAAGCUCUAUGAGGAGUGCAUCUGGAUCGCCAAGACCAGCUGGUGCCAAGCCAAAACCAGAAAUCCAUGUGUCUAUGGCCACUCCAGUGACUGUAUCUGUGGAGGCAGUAUCCAUUCAGAGCAAUGAACAACCUCCAAUUGCAGUCCCCACUUCCCAGCAGCCACCAGCUGCCAUUCCAACCAUCAUCACAGCAGCUAGUCCACCUUCGCAGCCCACAGCUGCCCUGUCAACCAUUCCAGGAACUGUUCCUGCUGCUGCACCGACUUCAACCACAAUUGUGGCAGCUCCUCCACCUCCACCAGCCAUGGGUGGCGUCCUCUCUACAGUAUUGGGCCCUGUUGUACCAGAGAUAAAAAUAAAAGAGGAAGUGGAACCCAUGGAUAUAAUGCGGCCAGUCUCAGCAGUUCCUCCACUGACUACAAAUACUGUCUCCCCAUCUCUUACACUGCUGGCCAACAACCUUUCAGUGCCCUCAAGUGACUUGCCACCUGGUGCCUCUCCAAGGAAAAAACCACGAAAGCAGCAGCACAUAAUCUCUACAGAGGAAGGGGAUAUGAUGGAGACUAAUAGCACUGAUGAUGAGAAAUCCACUACCAAAAGCUUGCUGGUAAAAGCAGAGAAGCGCAAGUCACCACCAAAAGAAUAUAUAGAUGAAGAAGGUGUGAGGUAUGUGCCUGUACGUCCUCGGCCACCCAUAACACUGCUUCGCCACUAUCGCAACCCAUGGAAAGCUGCCUAUCAUCACUUUCAGCGGUAUAGUGAUGUCAGAGUGAAAGAAGAGAAGAAGGCUAUGCUGCAAGAGAUCGCUAAUCAGAAAGGUGUAUCGUGCCGUGCGCAGGGGUGGAAGGUCCACCUUUGCGCAGCACAGCUAUUACAGCUGACCAACCUGGAGCACGAUGUGUAUGAACGACUCACCUCCCUGCAAGAAGGGAUCAUUCCCAAGAAAAAGGCAGCAACUGAUGAUGAUUUGCAUCGAAUAAAUGAACUGAUACAGGGGAAUAUGCAGAGAUGUAAGCUCGUAAUGGAUCAAAUAAAUGAGGCUCGAGAAUCCAUGCUAAAGGUCUUGGAUCACAAAGAGCGUGUUCUGAAGCUUCUCAAUAAGAAUGGAACUGUCAAGAAAGUAUCCAAAUUGAAGAGAAAAGAAAAAGUCUAGAGCCAGAGGUAUAAAGACUCUGGAAACAAAGGUUGUACAGAACAGUGUUAAGGCUCUUUUAAUUGGGGGUUUGUUUUAGAGAGCUACAUCUGAGUAAGAAGGACGAUGGAUGGAUACGUUGGAGCCCAAUGACCUUAAGGGAUGAUUAUUGAUCUAUCAAAGGAACAAAGAUUUUUCUCAGGCUUGUCCCUGUUUAAACUCUUCACAGUCACAUUUUGUUUAGCCCUCUUGAUGUGCCAGUGCCUAUUAAUUGGAACCAUUGAUGCAAACGUGAUAGACAGUCCUCGCCCUUCCAUCCUACAGUUUUAGAGAUAACUCCACAGGUUUGUACAAUGGAUUCUGCAGCAGACCUCAAGAACCAUCUAUCUUGAAACUGUUUGGAGAUGACACUACUUCCACGUAGCCAACUCAGUUUUUUGCUCCUUAAGAUCUUGCAGUGGCUAGAGCAGCCUUCAUAAACCCAGUGCCACUUGCACUGGUGGUUCUGCUACAUUUAGAAUCUUAAGUGGUUCUGAAGUCUCUAGCUGUCUAUUUUUUAAAAAAUACAUUUCAAAGUGAUUUGUAGUGUUGUGGAGUGUGUGCGUGUGCCCAUGUUGGUGCUCUGGGAUAUUGUUUUCAAAGUACUCUCAUACAGCACAGUACUUCCUGUAGCUGGUGUGAUGCUCUUCAUUGUGUUACAUACAAUUUGUGCUAUAUGACAUCCUGGAAACAUGAAUAAAGGAUUUGGAGGAUUUUGUAUAA